CGCACUGUGCCGCGUCGAUUUCGCAACGCGUUCGUUUUUGUUCUGUUUAAAGCGCUUGAAUUUGUUAAAUUAAUUGCUGGCCGAACGAAAUAAAGCUUAGAACUAUUAUUAAUGGACGCAAAAUGACUGGAAAUAGUUUUUAAAGAGCUUUAAUAUAAAAAGUGUUCCUAAAGUGCACAAAUUCUAAGCACCCCUUCUAAUAAUUCAACAGCAAACCGGAAUCCUGCGCGGAAAAUUUGAAAAUGGCUCUCUCCUUCUUCUCCCUGGUGACCGGUCUCUAUGUCCUGCACUUCUCCCUAGCUCUGAUCCUGGUCAACAAGGAGGUGCCCCAGACACGCGGUAUGCUAUAUCCCAGGGAAUCGGAGACGCGUGAAGUGCGCUCGCUGGACGGCAUCUGGAAUUUUGUGCGCUCCGAUCAGGCGAAUCCCACGCAGGGCGUUCGGGAUGAGUGGUACACAAAGGAUCUUAGCCAGAGCAGGCCCACGAUUCCUAUGCCAGUGCCUGCCUCCUACAAUGACAUUACCACGGACAACCUGAGGGAUCAUGUGGGCACCGUGUGGUAUGAUCGAAAGUUCUUUGUGCCUCGCUCUUGGUCGAAGAAUCAGAGGAUAUGGCUAAGGUUUGGCAGUGUCCAUUACGAGGCCUUUGUGUGGAUCAAUGGCCAAAAGGUGGUGAAGCACGAGAUCGGUCAUUUGCCCUUUGAGGCUGAGGUCACGGAUAUCCUUAAUUAUGGGGCCGAAAACAGGAUCACUGUGAUGUGUGACAAUGCUUUGAUCCAGACAACAGUGCCGCAGGGCAAGAUCACAGAGGUGCCCAACGAUAAUGGGAUGACCAUUAUCCAAAGCUAUACCUUUGAUUUCUUCAACUAUGCGGGCAUACACAGGAGUGUACAUCUGUACACCACGCCCAGGACUUUUAUUGAGGAGGUGGAAGUCACAACAGCUCUGUCGGAGAAUAAUAGUGUUGGCGAGGUCUUCUAUAGCGUCAGCGUAAAUGGCAGCGCUGCCAACGAAGCCAUCAAUGUCCUAAAUAUCCAAGCCAACCUCUACGACAAAGAAGGAGCCAAGGUGGCCAAUACCACCUCGGAUGGCAAGCUCGACGGCUGCCUGAAGCUCACAGGAGUCAAGCCUUGGUGGCCCUACCUGAUGCAUCCCGAACCUGGCUAUCUUUAUGAGCUGGAGAUUAAGCUGCUGGCGGCCAACGAGGAGCUGCUCGAUGUCUACCGGCUGAAAGUGGGCCUACGCACGCUAAGUUGGAACAAAUCGCAGUUCCUUAUCAAUGGUAAACCUGUGUAUUUCCGAGGCUUUGGACGUCACGAGGAUUCGGAUAUAAGAGGCAAGGGCCUGGACAAUGCCCUGAUGGUGCGGGACUUUAAUCUGUUGAAGUGGAUAGGAGCGAAUGCGUAUCGCACUUCGCAUUAUCCUUACUCAGAGGAGUCCAUGCAGUUUGCAGACCAGCAUGGCAUCAUGAUCAUUGACGAGUGUCCCAGUGUGGAUACAGAAAACUACAGCCAGGAGCUGUUGGGCAAGCACAAGUCCUCGCUGGAGCAGCUAAUACACAGGGAUAGAAACCAUCCCAGUGUGGUUAUGUGGUCCAUAGCCAAUGAACCCCGCACGGCCAGCAUGAAUGCGGAUUCGUACUUUGAACUGGUGGCCAAUUUCACAAGAUCCUUGGACAAAACCCGACCUAUUACGGCUGCCAUUGCUGUGCCCUACACGCAGGAUAAGUCGGGUCGCCAUCUGGACAUUAUCAGCUUUAAUCGCUAUAAUGCCUGGUACUCCAACACCGGUCGCCUGGAUAUGGUCACCCAGAAUGUGAUCGAUGAGGCCACCGCCUGGAACAAGCAGUACAACAAACCUGUCAUAAUGUCGGAAUAUGGUGCAGAUACCCUAGAAGGUUUGCAUAUGACCCCCGCCUAUGUCUGGUCGGAGGAGUUUCAGGAAGAGGUAUUUGCCCGCCAUUUCAAGGCCUUUGAUCAGCUGCGCAAAAAGGGCUGGUUUAUAGGCGAGUUUGUGUGGAACUUUGCCGACUUCAAGACAGCUCAAAGCUACACCCGCGUGGGCGGCAAUAAAAAGGGCGUUUUUACCCGCUCUCGACAGCCAAAGGCGGCUGCUCAUCUGCUCCGCAAAAGAUACUUUGCCUUGGGCCGGGAUCUGGACCAGUGCCAGUUUCCGGAGGAUCUCUUCACCUACAUAGCUGACCUUAUAUCGUAGGGGAGUGGAUAUAAGCCCAAUUAAUAUGGCCAUUGUAAAUAAGCCAAGGAAAAAGAAAAACAGAACUUCCCAUUGAGUACUGCCGCAAUUUUCCCCCCGAUUUCCAUUUCCAUAAACCAUUCCGCUGCGUUGCCUUUGUACAAUAUAAAUUUACAUUGUAUUUUUGUAUGUAUUUGUAAGUUUAAGAUAAAAAAUAAAAACAGCGUUAUUUAUUAAAA